UGAGGCUACCAUGUUUCAAUAACUCCCGUAGCUACUAACCGCAUAGCUGCAACAACGGACUCUCCCGCUAUCGAGUCCAAAGGCCACGUGCACACGCCAUGUGUCGACUGUGGUUUCCGCGCAGCCAAGAUGCCAAAACGCUGGUCGCCCGCAGAGAUGCGGCAAACGGCAACCCCUGGGCGAGGGUGAACAACUCCCUUCGCCGCUCUUCACUAGGCGUCUCGCUCGUACACAAAUAGAUGGCAGCACCCGGCUGAAGCCGUCUUGAGUCUUCGUGAUCUUUUUUUUUUUUAAUCUAUCUUUUUCACUCCCUUUAACUUUGAACGACCGGCUGGCCUGGCGGCGGGAGAGGAUGCCGGCGGCGGCACUUAGCGCUCACGAUCUAGCUGCUGCCGUCGCUGCGGGCUCGAGAGGCACAGCGCUCUCAAAACCAGUUUGUCUCUAUACCCCCGCCGAACAACGGCGUACCCGACGGCGCAAACCUGAGACGAAGUCUGCGCGAUCCGCGCUGACCGAGGCAGCUUCGGGUUUCAGACCAUGGAACGCAUGGAAUCGCCGAGUGGCUGAGGGCCUUGACGACUAACCACGCUGGAGAGCGAGGUUCAUCCUUCGGUUCUCGCUCGGAGUUCAAAGCUCCGGGAGCGGUGGCCCCCUCCGCGAACAUCUCUGCCACGUUUGUUGACGUCCGGUGCCCACCAUGCCUUCAAGGGAGCAGCCCAGGACCAGUUCAUUUUCCUGCAGCAGUCCAAACUGCACGGGUCUUAUGCUGGGUUCUGUGGCUUCGGUGCUGGUGAUUGGAGGCAUCUUCUUGGCCUUCCACAACUGGGACUACAACUGGCUUCUUGUGACCGGCAUUGGGUCACUACUAGUCCUUAUUGCGGCUGCGGUGCCUUUCUGCAGUCGGGAGAGUGGCAGACCGGUUCACAGCAAGCGAAGAAAUAGUAGUUUGCACAUGGCCAACAGCGAAACACUCCCGUCAGCUCCUCCACUAAGCGCCACAUACUCUGUCAGUCAACUGUCACUGAACAUCCUGCCUCCAUUGUAUCCUGGAUGUGAUGAACUACCACCAUGUCCACAAAACAGCCCACCAAACAGUGUUCCUGUCAACCACAUCAUGAACAUCAAUGGACAGAGCUACCUUCUAUUGCCCAUUGUAUCGCCUACGGCACAGACUAGUACCAACACCGCUAUAGAGGCACAGAAUCCCUGCUAUUCAGCUGCCCUCUCCUGCCUUCAGGUUGAGCUGCCAACAAAACAAGAAAGUGAGCGGCAGAAUGAAUGCAACCCUGUGGUUGAGGCGAAUGUUGUGUCAGAAGCACCAGUCACAAACUCUUCAAUAUCGACAACACCGAGGGACCUCCUUUGCGAGUCUCCGUCAGCAGAAGACACCACAUCUCCACUGGCCACAUCACCACUGCCAACAAGUGUGUCCAGUGCACCCGCCAUCCAAGUGUUUGAUGCAAUCCCACUCACAACGCCAACAGCCGAACGCCGCGAACCAGGCACUCCUACGGUAACACACAGUUCGGAAAUAGCCAAUUGCAACAGCAAUCGAGCCAGUCGAACAAACUCUGUCAAUGAGAGGACAACAGUUGUUCUGCCAGACGAUCUUCUUGGUGCCUCAGAGACUGAUGUUGCCAUCAGUGACCAAUUGCCGCUCAUUGUCAUCGACCCCGAGAACUCCGAAACAGUUCCUGAAAAUGCUCCGAACAACACUGCGCCAAGCACAAAUGCAUCACAAGCAGAGAACGACACAGACUUUUUGCUGACAGUGGGAGCAGAUGCCAGUGAUGUGGAUGAUGAUGACAGGCUCGUUGGGGCCACACCCCCGCCCAGCUACGACGAAGUGGCAAGUGAAAGAAACCUGAGUGCAUUUGAAAGUUCUUUUGGAACACUGUGAUUGCCACUGUGAUUCUGGACUAUAACUGUCAUAGUGAAGUCACGUCAGUUUGCCUUGAGGAAGUGUUACAACAUUUCAGCUUCUUCUGGACAGCAGCUAUGCUUUGGAAGCCCACUAGUGGAAUGUUUGUGAAGCACUUACGAACUGGCAUUUAGGAAUGCAGCUGUCCGAAGUGAUCUUUUAGUGCUCUGCUGGAUCUGGAGUGCAUUUUAAGGAAAGGAGGGUUAGUCGAGGCACUUUGCUGGGCGGGGUGCUCUUGAAUGUGUCUGUACUAGUGGACAGGCAACAGGGUCAGUGCCCUUAGUGCAGAAAAAAAAGUUUUGGGUGAACACGGUAUGUGAAUAUGCAUAACUGUAGACAGGGUGUUAAGGAAAGGAUGCUGCACGGUGAAAAAAAAAUGCAAUGAUGUGAAAUUAUGCAUGAAAUUUUCUUUUAAGCCUGUUCAGUUCUCAUUAUGCUUGCAACCUGUUAAAUAAUCUUUAAUCAAGAGACAUAGAAAGUUAAGUGAGGUCACCUUGUAAAAUUAACAUUCUUGGUUUGGGACUGAAAGUAUCUCUUGCUGACAUCACGGUGCAGUUUCUUUUCGGUGCCAAUGGUUGAGAGAUGGUGAAUGAGUGAUCUGAGAGUACAUUUAUGUAAGGCAGCUAAUUUUACAAAAUGCAGUGAUCAAAAUAUAGACAUUAUAUACACUGCCAGCAAACAGAACUGUUAAUGUACUUGAGUUGCCUACAACUUGAAUGUGCAGAGAAGAUCUCGCUCUGAAAAAGUAACUUUUUAGGUUUAUGACAAAACUAGGUGUGUCUGUACUGCGCUUACAAUGCGUAUUUAGACACGAUGUGGCAAUAUGACUUCUGUGGAUAGUUGCUCAAUAUUGCAGCCCCUGUCACAGAAUAUUUUAGGGCAGCAAAACAUUCCUUUUAUGACUGGCUUUUCUGUCGCGUUGUAGUUACUUCAUGGUUGCACAUGAAGCUAAUGAUAAAAUAUUGUGUUCUCAAGUUAUUUUAUCAUACGUUGCUCGACUUUACAUUUUGAAAUCUUCCAGCGCAUCUCCUCUCGUUGCAAGAAAGCUGAAUCUUAUUUUUAUGUGGUACUUUGACAGCAUAUGUGUAAGACGACGACUUGCUGACUGAGUCAGAAACUAGGGUCCAAGCAAUUGUUGUUCCUUUCGCACUGCCUUUGAGAAAAAUAAAUCUUGCAAAACGUG